CUCUGAUUCAAACCAGGAAGUGAAAACAAAAAUGCAAAUCGAUGUAAAUACAGGUCGUUAGCAGCUAAAGUUGGAAGUUAACAAUCUUCAUUCUGCACAAGGCUAAAGGGACUUUGGUUUCAGAAGAUGUUUGCAUGACGUGCACGGGACAUGUUUAAAGAGCCAGGUUAACCAGCUAGACAGUCAGAGAACAACCUGUUGUGUAACCUCAGAGAGACUCAGGAGAGACUCACAGGCCCUCCUCCUGAUGAGCAUCUCAAACAUUAGCCAACCUAGUCUUUAAUGCACAGCAGUGAGUCGGAGUUGUCUCAGUUCAUUCACAGCCCGCUUCUUUUGUUUGGUCAAAGCGGUGAAAACCACGACUACGACCGGAAGUUGAUUGUUUUUUCCCCCCCUUCAAAAUAGACGUCUUAAAACGAUCUGGACAACAUCCAGACGGUAAGAUUGUCUCUGCAUAGCAGUACACCUGUUGCACUGCAUUGAAUAACUCGCAUUCAUCAUUCAUUAUUGUUAUAACCCCGCUGAGAAAACAAAUGAAACCAUAAGAUGCUUUACUUUGAAAAGCCAUAUAGACUACCGGAAGUACUAGGUGUUACCAGGUGUUGUGUGUAGCUUGUCUAAGGUCGUGUUUACCGGGUCGUAUAUCUGUCCCGUAGCUGUCCGGUUCAUCCUCUCUACGUAACUACAUGAUUAUGGAGCUCGUGCAGUGUUCGGACGGUACACGCGCCUCGUCUCUACCUCAUAUCAGCGCCCCGGUUACACCGGUUAGACCCGCCGGAGCCGGCAGGUAGCCGGACAGGUGCUGCUGACCGGCCGGCAUGCCGUCUGAUGUGGAGUACAGCCCGGUGGGAGAGGGUCUCGGGCUGCCGGACUUCUGGCUCUACGUGUGGCUGCGGAGGACCGCGGUGCUGGCGGCUCACAUCACCGGUCUGGUCCUCACACUCAUCAUCUCCAUGCUGUCCAGACCAGGAACCAGUCUCUUUUCUUGGCAUCCAGUGUGUAUGUCUGUCGCAUACUGCCUGUGUAUGACCGAAGGCAUUCUCCUCUUCUCGGCCGAAGGAUCCCUCUUUUGCUUCAAAUCUCGUAAGGGUAAAGUGCGUCUCCACUGGUUCUGUCAGGCUCUGGGCAUGAUCGCUGCGGCCACCGGGCUGGGCUUCAUGGUGGCCAGCAAGAACGUGUCGGAGCUCCCCCACCUGGUCUCCUGGCACAGUCUGCUGGGCAUCGGCACCUUGGCCGCUAGCGCGCUCCAGGCGGCGUGCGGCGUCUGCGUGAUCUUCCCUAAGAUGAUGCGUCUGUCCUCCUCUCCGCUGAGGCUGAAGCUGUACCACGCCACCUGUGGCCUGGUGGUCUACCUGCUGGCCACGGUGACCGUGGUCUCGGCCAUGUUCUCCGACUGGUUCCAGGCCACGGUGAAAGGAGUGGCCUGGUGGGCCUUCAUCCUGCUGCCCCUCUUCCCGGCCUUGGUGGUGAUGAACCAGAUCACUAACGCCUACCUGCCCCGCAAGAAGAUCACCAGCUAGCUCAGUGGCCAUAUUGGAUUUACGUUGUACUCAGAGGCCCAGAGAAUCAGACGGAAGCGAGAAGAGUCCUCCACUAAAGCAGCUUGUGAAGAUAAAACAACUAAAGCAAACAGCUUGACAUAGGUGACAUAAAACAUAGGUAGCUCGUGUUACACCGCCGGUAUCUGAAGAGAAGUUAUGAAGCCUGGACUUUAAUUUGACUGCUUGCCAAGAUCCCGGUUAGUUACUGGAGCUAGAAAAUCUUAAUCUGGCAAAGAAACAGAGUCUUGGGGGAAACUGAGAUUAGACAUGAAGAAACACCUGCAUUUGAUCUUGAUGUUGUGCUCUCUAAAGAUGAAUAUGUACCCUCGAAUUGAAUGAUUUAUUUGUGCACACAGAUUAUUUUUCUCUCCAUUCAAAUGAAGUCAUCGUAGCAGUACGAACUGAAGUCACAGUUUGUCCUACCUACAGUAGCACUGACAGCUGGCUAACAGCUGUAUGUUAGUGUGGAGAGUGAAAUAAGUCAUUUUUUAGGUACGAAAUAUACAUCUUGGGCAAAAGUUCUUAAUGGACAGUGUGCGUUAUAGGUUAGCCCCGAAACCUCCUGUAUCAGUUUCCUUAGAGCCAGCAUCUAGUGGCCAGUAGAAGAACUUCAGCUCAGAUCACUUCAACUUUGGCGUCUUCAAUCUCCGAGUUUCAGAUAAAAUACAAAGACCUUUUCAAAGAAUCCAAUGACACUAUGCACCAUGUGGAUAUUACCAUGCCAAAUGUGAACACAUAUAACAGGAGACGGUAGAGUUCGGUCAUCUUGACAAAACUAACUGAAGGCGAUCCCAUAGAUGGUGAACACCUGGACGUCUUUCAUCCGUCGUAUCUCCAGAGGAAUAUUUGCACUAGAUACGCCGUCUCAGAGACAGUUUCUAUAGACUGGUUUCAGCUUCAGUGAUGAAGGUGCUGUGGAUGAUUAUAUACCAGCCUGUAAAUUCUAUUUAUGUAUUCAUUUAGGAUGUUUUAGUGUUGUGUCUGUCUUGGCUGUUUACAGGUGCUACAUGAAGCGUUUUAGCAUUUAAAGUUCCAUCAAUCAACAUUUUUAUAUUCAAACUGGAUGAAAUGACGACAUGUAAAGUGAAAGCGGUCACUGGUAGUAAUAAACCAAUAGAAAAU